AUGAAAAGUUUUCACUGCUUUUUUUAUUUUUGUAAUUUAUUUUUAACAAGUAGAAAAAAAACUUUUUAUAACUUAAAAGUAAAUAAAAUUAGUAAUUUAAGAAAUAUUAAAAUAUACAAUAGCAAUGAUAAUUAUAAUUAUUUAGAAAAAAGCAGAAAUUGUGAAUAUGAAGAAAUAUUAGAUGAAAUAAUUAAUGAAUAUGAGGAAGAAAAAAAAAAAAAAGAAGAAAAUAAUAAAGAAGUAGAUAAAAAAACUACUAAUUUACAUGAAAAUUUAAAUAACAAUGUAAAGAAAGAUUGUGAUUCUGAUAAUAAAGAAUAUAAAAAAAGAGACGAAAUUAUAAGAAUUGAACAACAAAAGAAAAAUAAUAUACUAAAUUUAUGCAAUUUAAAUUAUGAUUUAUUAAAUAUUUUAUUAAAAAAACAACUGGAAGAAAAUAAAAUUGAUGAUGAAAAAGAUAAUAAUUAUAAUAAAAUUAGUUUAUUUUUAGAAGUUCAAGCGAAAACUAGAAAUAAAAAAGUAUAUAUUGAUGAUAGUAUAGGUAGGUAUUUUUUAAAUAUUGAUGAUAAUUUUAUUAAUACGAUUUCUGAACGGGAAUUACAUGUUUUAAAAAAUGAAAUAUACAAAAAUAUUAUAUACUUGAAAUAUAAGUAUUUAAAAAGUUAUAAAAGCACCAUUCAUGAUUUAAAGAAAAUAAAAGAAAAGAAAACAGAAGAAAUAAAUAAACACGUUUCACUAGUUCAUGAAGAUGAUAAUUGUGAGGAAAAGGUUAAUAAAAAUGAUGACAGCAAUUAUACAGAAUACAAUAGUAAUGAAUCUAGAAUAAGUAAAAAUAUUGAUGAUGAAAAUAAUAGUUAUACUAAUAAAAUAAACAAAGUUUCCUUGAAUGAUGUAAAUAGUGAUCAUGAUAAUCUUAAUAAUUUAGAAGAAAAUAAUUAUAAUUUAGAAAAAUUAGAUAAAGAAUUGUCUAUUGAAAGUAUUAAAGAAAUAAUAGAUGUAAAACAAAGGCUAUCAAUUCUAAAUAAAAAUUUUGAUAAUUUGAAAAACUUGAAUAUAGCUAACAUUUUAAACAAGAACAAUUUUUUAAAUGAUUUAAAGAUUCACAAUUUUAAUUUUCAUAAUUAUAAUUGCUCUUUAUUAAGUAAAUCUAUGAAAAAUUUUGUUAAAAAAAUACAUAGAAAUGAUAUAUCAGAAGAUAAUAAAAUAAAAAAUAAUAAUGAAAUAAAUGCUAUAAAUAAAAAUGAAAAAAAUAAUUCUUUCUCUAAAGAGGAGGAAAGCGAUAUUAUAAAAAAUAUUGAAAAUAAUUUCUCAUAUAUAUGUAUACCAAAAUUAAAUGACCAUAAUUUUUUUAAAAGAAAGAGUAAAUCAAUAAUUAUAAAUUUAUCAAACCAAAUUGAUGAUGAAAAUAAAAAUUUACCUAAAAUUAAUGAAUUAAAUGUUGAUACAAAUAAAGGUGUACUAAUAUUAAGCGGAAACGAGAAAAAUUUAAACAUCAGUGUAAGAAAUAUAUGUGAUAAGAUAUCUUACUUAUCUCAAAGUUUUACUAUUUAUCCACAUAUAAAUUAUAAUGAAAAUUUUUCCAAAAACAAGAUGAUUAUUAUUAGAAUACUUAUGCUAAUGCUAUUUUACUUCAAUAUAAAGAAUUUGUAUGUUAUUUGUUUAGAUAACAAAAGUACCAAAUUUUUUUAUGAAUUUAUGAAUAAUAAUGAUGACAAUUUAUUAUUGAAUUUCUGUAAAAAUAAGAAAGAAGAAUUUUUAUUUGCUAAUUUAAAUAAAAUUAAAUUUUCUCAUGUUUUUAACAGAAAUUUUGUGCCAUUAUUUUCUAUAAAUAAUAUUUUUAAAAAUCAUGUCUUUAUGAUGAACAAAGAAGAAAAUAUUUUUGAUAUUAAUUUUUUUAAAAGAUCAUGUUUAUUCAUAUUUUUAGAUGAAUGUAAUAAUAAAAAAAAUCAUGUAAUAUCUACAUCCGUUCAACAUUUUUUUUAUUAUAAAAAAUUUGAUUACCCAUUCAUAUACAAUAUAGAUAAAAAUUAUUCAUUACAAACAUUAGAAAAAUUUAAUGAAAUUUUAUUAUAUAUUACAACAUGGAUAGAUAUAUUUCACACUAGUGAGGAUGAUAAUGAUAUAAAAAAUGAUGAGGAACUAACAGAUGGAGACAUUGAACAUAAUGAGGGAGAUGAUGAAGAUGAUGAAGAUGAAAAUUCUGAAAUUCUAAAUAAUAAUAACGGUGAAAAGGAUGAUGAAAAUAAUGAUGAAAAUAAUGAUGAACGAGAAAGUUAUUUUGGAGAAAAUAUUGACAAUAAUAAAGAAAAUGAAGAUUAUUAA